AUGUGCGGCCGCGCCGCCAUCGCCUUUGCCGCCGACCGAAUCGUCUCCGAGCUACGCGCCGCGGGUGUGCAGGCGCUGCCUCGCGUCUCUCCUUCCCCCGAGCCGUACCACGUGGGCUCCAAGUCGUGCGAGGAGAGGACGAAGCGCAACCCAAAAGGCGUCCGAGGCGUGGAGGGCUGGCCGUGCCUCGUCAGGCAGGGCGACGAGCUCGCUGUGCGCACGCUCACCUGGGGCAUCCAGCGGCUGGCGACGCACAACAUCUGGCUGGACGGAGGCGACUGGCUGCAGCGCAAGACGUGGCGAGAGGCUCUCGCGGCCGGCCGCCUAUGCGCGGUCGCGGUGACCGCCUUUGCCGAGGGCGUGACCUGCCGCAAGCCGGACGGCGAGCACCCGCUCUUCUUCCUCGCCGCGCUGUACUGCGGCUCGCACUUUGUCAUUUUGACGACCAACAGCGUCAACGUGCCUCUGCUCGCGGAGCGCGCAAAGCCGCAGGCGCUGCACGGCGUCCCGACGCGCUGCCCGCUCUACCUCGACGCGGCGGGCGCGCAGCGGUGGCUCAGCGCGACCCUGUGGCAAGGCGGCGCCUCGGCCCCCCGCCUCGUGCUCGGGGCAAAGGGAGGCCGGCAGCAAGGCGGCAGACCACCGCAGCAAAGUGGCCCCGGCGCUAGUGCGUCGCCGCCGCCGGCGAGCCCGCGGGUGGGCGGCAAGCGCAGCGGUAGCAACAGCGGCGGCUGCGGCGCGAGCGGCGGCGGCGGCGCGAGCGGCGGCGGCGGCGCGAGCGGCGGCGGCGGCGGCGGCGAGCGGCUCUUUGGGGGAGCGAAGAAGGCGAGACGGCAGGAGGCGGCGCCGGCGACGGCGGCGGAGGAGGAAGAGGCGCUGCAGCAAGCCAUCGCGCUCAGUCUCGGCUACGGCGGCGGUGCGGCGGGCGGCGCGGCGGGCGGUGGAGGUGCGUCUGUGUCUGCGAUUGCGCCAGCAGCGACCACGUCGGGCUGCGCUGCGGCUGCCGGCGAGGCUGGUGGGGACGCCAUCGACCUGACCGGCUCCACCACUGAGGAGGACGGGGAGACCGAGGAGGAGGAGCCGCCGCCGCCGCCGCCGCCCUCGGGGGAGCCGUCGCCGGCAGAGAGGGCCGCGGAGGCGGCGGCGCGCCGAGCUGCCGCCGCCACCGGCACCGCCGCCUCCGACGCCUGA